AUGGUGGAAAAUGAGACAAUAAACGAUUUCACAACAAGAAUCACUCGAUUGGUGAUUCAAGUGAAGGUAUGCAGAGAAGUUGUUAUAGAGCAGUAUGUUGUCACUAAAAUCUUGUGCUUUUUAACACUAAGAUUUGACCAUGUAGUUAUGGCAAUUGAGGAAUCUAAGGAUCUUGCGACAAUGAGCAAAGAGGAGCUGCAAAGCUCUCUUGAGGCUCAUGAGCAAAGGAUGGAGGAGAGAAAUAACGAUAAGGCAAAGGUGGAGAUCGCUUUGCAGGCUUGUUUCAAUGAGAAGGACAAGAGAUCGAAAGAAAAAAGGCCCAUGAAGAGCAAAGGGAAUAUUAGGAAUUUUGGUGGAAGAGAGUCCCAAUAUUCAAAGAAUUCGACUUAUCAAAGAGGUGAGAGCAACUGCAAAAAAAAUAGUGGUCAAGACAACUUUAGAGGUGAGAAGAAGAGGUUUGACAAGAGCAAGAAGCAAUGCUAUAAGUGUCAACGAUUCAGUUAUUUUGCAAAAGAGUGCAAUGAGAACAAGAAGGAAUCUCAAGAGGAUGAAGCCAAGGUUGCAAGACAAGAUUUUGAUAAAGAGAAUACACUUUUGGUCAUGAUCACUGAAGCGCAUUGCAGUAGCAAACAACUAUAG